UACCUUUUCCUUUUAUGUCCCCAUUGUAGGGCAGUUGAAAUCAUGAUUUCCUCUUAUCUAGGGUUUUUAUUUAUUAUUAAGAAAAUAUAUGUAUAUGGUCCUCCUCCCUCGUGAAGAUAUUGUAGCUUCCUUCUAACCAUUUCUUUUAAGCCCCCACAAGUCCACAACAUAUUACAUAUGUCCUUCUUCAUCACUAUUUCUUCCUACACUAAUUCUAACAUCAUAUCAUCAUAAUCAUAAUCAUCAUCAUGCCGUGAAUCGUACCACACUUGCUACGAACGACAUCCACACCCUCAGGAGAUCUAAGCAAGACAUACAUACACAGGAUUUUGUCCUAAAGUCCUAGAAGAACAUUGUUUUAAGAAUGAAGAAGAGGCAAGUGGUGGUAAGAAGAGAUGAAGGAUCGCGAAGAAAUCAUUACAAUAAUUCAUCAACAAUUCGAUAUGGAGAGUGCCAAAAGAAUCACGCGGCGAGUAUAGGAGGUUACGCGGUGGAUGGGUGCAGGGAGUUCAUGGCGAGUGGCGCAGAAGGAACAAGCAACGCGCUUAUAUGCGCAGCUUGUGGAUGCCACAGAAAUUUCCAUAGGAAAGAGGUGGAUGCUGAGGUUGUGUGUGAGAGUUCUUCACCUACUUAAUUGAAUCUUAAUCAUUGAUUAUAAAACACUAUUAAUUAGUUGGAAAUGAGGUGUAUAAAUUCAUAGGAAACAAAAAAGAAAAACCCAUUAGAGGAAGUUGUUUGAUUCUCUUCCUCUUUGAGAUUUGUGCAUGAUUAAAGAUUGAAAAAACAAGAUUUUUAUUUGAAAUACUACUUUGAAUUUUAUAUACAAGUACUAGUUUCAUUA